CUUGCGGCUAAAGCGGAAAGGCUCCUUCUAGAGGCUAUGCGAGAACCAGGGGUGGCCUCACUCUGUUUCUUCUCUCUUCAGCCGGCGCUUCCUUCGGAACCCUACAACCCAAGACGACUACUACUCGUGUUUUGUUCUGACAUAUGGUAAAGAGUGGCUAUCAAGACUAUGGCGGGUGGAUGGAUCGACCACGAGGGAACAAUAUGGAUGGAUCGUGCGCGAGCUCUACAGCUGCGGAUACGUGACCGUUUCCGCGUUGCGGUUGACCUGCACCGUCGAUGGAAGGUUGAAUCCGAUUACUCCGUGGCUAUCCGUCGAUGGGUGCUCCGUUUAUGGAGGGAUUCGUCGUCGGCCAAUCGGUCAUCCGUGAGGUUCUAUAGGAAGCGAGUUGGAAAGGAUUUUGAAUCCGAUGAAUCCACCAUUGUUCGUUUUCUUCAAUUUUUAACUGUUCCGGUUAUUGGGAAUGUCUGUCAUGCUUUUAUGCAUGGUCUUAAUCAUAUACAGAUAUAUGGUGUUGAGAAGUUGCACAGUGCAUUACUGGACCGACCACAAGGAAAGCCUCUUGUAACGGUUAGCAAUCAUGUAGCCUCUAUGGAUGAUCCACUUGUGAUUGCCUCAUUGCUACCUCCAAGUGCAAUGCUGGAUGCUCGCAAUGUAAGGUGGACGCUUUGUGCAACUGACCGUUGCUUCAAAAAUGCAGUACUGUCUACAUUUUUUAGUUGUGUUAAGGUUUUGCCCGUCUCUCGGGGUGAUGGAAUUUAUCAGAAGGGGAUGGAUAUGGCUCUGUCAAAGCUAAAUAAUGGUGGAUGGGUUCAUAUUUUUCCGGAGGGAAGUCGUUCUAGGGACAGUGGAAAAACCAUAGGUCCUGCAAAGAGAGGAAUUGGAAGGCUGGUUAUGGAUGCUGAUAAAAUUCCUAUAGUCAUCCCAUUUGUGCAUUUAGGCAUGCAAGAAAUCAUGCCUAUUGGUUCAAACUUCCCGAAGGUUGGCAAAAAGGUUACAGUGGUUGUUGGUGAUCCAAUACCGCUAGAAGACCUGGUUGUUGAUGAUACGGAAGAGGUCUCUAGGGGUAUUUUAUAUGAUCCAGUUUCUUCAAAGAUUAGCCAUAGGCUAAGGGAGCUCAAAAUCCUAGCAGACAAACUAGCUUUAGAACAUACCUUUGAUUUGCAGUAUUACUUCACACAUAAAGCUGAGGGUGGAUAUGGACUCUGGCAGCGAGUGGAUUGGGAAGCAUUUGGCAUGGUUGAUGUUAUGCAAUCGGAUGAGAAAGCUCCAAUCACCAAAGAAUAUUUUGCCCGUCGGCCAAAGAAUGGUCAAGAGCAGCGGCAGGAGCCUAACUCAGCUAAAACUGUUAAGAUGAGUUUCUCCAAUGGCUACGGAGGAGGCAUUGUUUCUAGAGGUCGUGGUUACAUAAACCCGGCCGGG